AUGUCAAAAGAUGAUAAAAAUAAUAUAAAGAUAUUGUUUUUAGGUCAAAUGUUUAGUGGCAAGAGAUCGAUGGCACAUAGAUUCUGUGAGCGUGCCUGGGAUGACGAAGGUUUUUCUGGUUGGUGUACAAGUUUAACGAGACAGAGUUUUUUUCAAAGUAAAUUAGAUAUUGAAUCACCUUAUUUUAUUGAAAAUGAAAGUGAAAGUGGUAUUGUUAGUAGUAGUAGUAGUAGUUAUAAUAACAGUGAUAGUAUUAUAGUUGAAAAUGAAUGGAAAAGAAAACUUUAUUAUGAAAGAAGAAUACAAGUAGAUUUAAAGCUAUUUAUGUUAUACAAUGGUCAUCAAAAUACGCUACCAAUAUUGUAUCUUACUAACUUGAAUGGCUGUUGUUUGGUAUACGACGUACUAUUACCGGUGACUGCUAUCAGUAUGAAAAACCAUUAUGGAGAGUUGGUUGAUUCACUCGAGAGGCUUAAAGAUUCGGAAGAAAAAGAAGCAGAACAAAGGCAUUCAAAGUUAUCAUCAAUUUUUAGCAAUCUAAAAGAAGAAGAAUCUGUAUAUCCUAUGGUGAAAGAUAUCAUAUUCUUUGUUGUUGCAGCAAAGGCAGAUAGGAUCAAUGCCGACAAUCAUGAUCAAGCGAAUGACUUGUUCAAUGAAGUGGAUCAAUGGAGAUUAUCAAAAGGAAUCAAUCAUCACUUCUUGACAUCGACCAAAACCAACUUAAAUAUUGAUAGUCUGUUUCAUACGAUGACAUUGGAGAUUUUAAAACUUAAAGCAUCUAAAAUCAAUAAGGUUAGCGAAUCUACUGAAUCCACCAAACAAUGUAAUAUAAUUACAGAUAUGUCAAAGAGGGUGUUCAUCAAUUUCCAUAUGCUUCACACAGUACACUCAGCCAAGAAUCUCCUACAAACUAUUCCUAAGUUCGAUGGAAGAUCCGGUGAUCUGCUUUCACAUUUUCGCAUUAUCGAGCAUAUCGUUCCUAUACCAAACGCAAGUAUCUUUGCUUUCCCACUCACUCUUACGAGCGAGUCGCAACCACUCGUUUCUUCACUUGAUAAGAACGCUGCCAGCUGGACUGAUUAUAUUAAUCUAGAAUUUACUAUUGAAAGACGGAGAUUGGAAAACGGUAUUAAACAACAUAUUAUAACUUCGGCAAAAGAUAACUUUAAUAUUCAAACACUAUUUUACAAUAUGAUUUUGGAAGUGACCAACAUUAAAUCAAACAAACAACCAACAAGUGAAUCAUUAGAAACAAUGAAAAAGUUUAAUCUUCCCGUUAUGUUAAAAGAUGAAAUAAAAGCAAAGAUAUUGUUUCUAGGAAGUUUACAUGUUGGAAAGAGAUCAGUGGUUGAAAGAUUCUGUAGAUUAUGGGAUGGUGAGGAAUCGUCUGGUUGGAAUGUAAAUUUUUGUCAAUAUCAAUUGUAUGUGGCUUCACCUUACUUUAUUGAAAAUGACAAUAGCAAUAAUAGCAACAACAACAAUGAUUAUAAUAAAGAAGAACAUAUGAAUGAAUUAAAAAGAUUAUUAUACAGUGAAAGUAGAAUUAAAGUUGCUUUACAAGUUUUUAUUUAUGGAAACUAUCAUAGUGUACCACCAAGGAUGCAUCUUGCAGGUUUACAUGGCUGUUUUUUAGUUUAUGAUUUACUGCUGCCACAAACUGCUAUCAGUAUGAAAAAGUAUUUUGAAGAUCUAGUGCACUCGCUCAAUAGUUUUGAACAACAGAUCAACGAUUCCAAUGCAAAAGUAAAAUCACCCGAUCAAAUUCAAAAAUCACGCUUUCCUCUUGUUAAAGAUAUCAUAUUCAUUGUAGUUACGUCGAUGGCUGACAAGAUCAAUACAAACAAUCACGAUCAAGCAACAGAGACAUUCAAUGAGGUAGAGCGAUGGAGAUUAUCAAAAGGUAUUAAUCAUCAUUUUCUAACAUCUUCAAAAGUAAACUUAAACAUACAAAGUCUAUUUCAUACGAUGACAUUGGAUAUAUUAAAACAUAGAGCAUCUAAAAUCGAUUAUGAAACGUCAUCAAAUGUCGAAACAUCACCCAACUCAACUAAAUAUUGUAAUAUAAUAUGUAUAUAA